UUGAAGGACGCAGUAGCACUAAAUUGCGACUUCCCGAACGCACCCUAAAUGUGAAGAAACAGUGACUGCGUGUUGUUUUAGAAAUAAUCUUGAGAGUGAAUAUUAUCCGUGAAUAGUAAUUGUUUCCAUUUUUUGAUGGUCAAAAUUUGACUCUGUUCGAUGUUUUGGAUGACAUGGAGUUAGAUUUGCCUAACACGUUGUUAGCUGGUGAUACACGAUUGAUUGAUCAUAUAGUAGGCGAAGUUAAAUCUCAAGGCAUCUUUGAUCAAUUUCGCAAAGAAUGUAUUGCUGAUGUUGAUACAAAGCCAGCAUAUCAAAAUCUAAGGACACGGGUUGAAGGUUCUGUAAACUCAUUCCUUAGUAAACAAACAUGGAAGCCAGAUCUAAACAAGAAUCAACUCAGGGAAACUUUGCGCAAGCAUAUACACGAUGCACCAUAUCUGGAUGCUGGUGUAGAGCGAAUAGUGGAUCAAGUAGUAAAUCCCAAAGUUUAUUCAGUUUUUAUGCCACAAAUAGAAGAUGUAGUUUAUAAGUUUUUAGGUAUAGAGAAACCAAAAGCAAAGGAGAAAAAUGAUAUCUGUGGUCUUAAAGAUUUAUUACCCAAAGAUCUGGAUCCAGUUUCACCAGAAUCUGAUAAAAAUAGCUUAAAAGACUUGUCUCUUGAAUCUGUGGAUACAAGUGACAACCUAAAUGAGAAAGAAGAUGACAAAAUGUGCAAUGAAUAUAAACUGCAAAACAAAGUGCUGUAUAUAGAUAAAGAUAACACUAAUUCAGAAAAUGGACAUGUUUCCUCUGAAGAGAAAACUUUCAAUGAAGUUUGUAAAACUCUUAGUGUAGCUAAUAUGAAUUUAAACAUAUCUGGUAAGUCAGAUGAUAAAAUGGAUGAAGAAGAAGAAGACAGUCCGACUUUUGAACCAAUUGACAUUAUGAAUCUAAAUGAAUCAAACAUCUCUAACGAUUCGCACUUAUCAGGAAUAUCGGAAUUAACGAGUCACAGGUCCAAGAGCCCAGAUUUUUCAAAUGAACUGUCACGGGAUAAUUUUGACUGUAGUAAUCAGGAUUCUCAGCUGAGCAAAGUCUCAUCGGAUUCUCGAUUAUCAAUUGUAACGGACUUUGGUUCUAAUCAUGGCUUUACACCAGUACUCGACACAUUAAAAGAUGAAACAAUGAAGGAUAAGUAUGAAGCUAAAAAUACUAGAGACAAUUUUAGAGCAAUCAGGGAAUUUGAUUUGUCUAAGAAUAAAGCGGUUAAAAACAAUUUUGAAUUCAUUAAAUGCAAAGAUACUCAAGGAUAUAAAGAUUCAAAAAGUACAAAAAGUGUAUCUAGAGAAAAUUCUCGUGAUGCUACAGACAGUGGCGUAAAGGAUAAGUAUGAAUAUAAAAGCUCGAAAGAAAAAGCCAAGGAUAAUGAAUCUAUUAAACUUAAGAGCACAAAGGAAAAAAUCAGCAGUAAGGACGUAAAAUAUCCUAAAGACAAAAGUAACGAGAAGAAGAAAGUGAGUAGUCAUAGUGAUAUAAAAUAUGAUAAACACAGUAAAAGUAAAUCUAAAGAAAAAAUUGAUCAAAUAAGAAAUAAUUUUGAGAAAACUAAAGAUAAUUCGGAAAAUAUAAAGGAGAACGCCAAUAAAUUGAAAGAUGAGAAAAUUAAAGAAACGGACAAAAAGGAUAAUGUUAACAAGGAAGCAAAAGAUUUGAAAGAUCUCUAUAAAGAGAAAAUUAGAGAACUUAGAGAGAAGAAGGAACUAACGGAGAAAGAAAAGUUAAAUAAGGACAAACUUAACAAGGAAACUAAAGAUAAAAAGGAUUCUUCUAAAGAUAGGAAGUCGAACAGAAAAGAGCACAAAAGUUCAUCGUCAUCAAAAAAUUCGUCUGUGAGUUAUCACGAAAAUAAAAACAGUAGGACGUCAGCAGAGAAAGUUGCAGAUAGCAAGGAUAAGAGGACCGACAUGAAAGAUAAAGUGAGACGAGAGGAAAAACGAUUGUCGAAAGAUAGCAAAAGUAAAACUCACUUCACUAAUAAGACAGAUCUAUCGGAUAAGUCUGAGAAAUAUAGUCUAAAAAGAACUUCUAGAGGCGAGAAGGAGGAUAAGACUGUAAAAGCAGAUACGAAGAAAGAUGUUAAAGCGAGUGGCGAGAGAAUUAACGGUAAGAAAAACACAAAAAAUUCUCUUCAAAACAAGACUUCAGAUUGUAACGAUAAACUAGAUAGCAGGAAAGAUUUAAAGAACGAUAGCCAAUCCAAAGAUAAGAAGCGUAGAGAUGAAAAAAAAUCUAAAACGAAGGAUGAUCAUUCCAGUUUGCGGAAAAACUCGAAUGAUCGACGUUCUACGGACAGGGAUGGAUCAAAUGGUUCAAAUAGCAAAACUUCGCAAUCCAAUAAUUCAUAUUCCAACGCAACUAGCCAGAAAUCAGACUCGUCCAGCUUGACGAAGGAAAAUGAGGUUAAUAACUCUAAUAGCGAAACACUAGAUAAUGUCGAAGAAAUGCAAAUGAAUGACAUGAAAUUGUCGCGUCAUUCCAAUUGUAAAUUGUCUUACAAUACUGGUUCACAAACGGCUAGUGAGAAAAGUCACUUGAAGAUCGAAACUGAUGAUAACGAUGAAGCAUAUGAUACGCAAGAAGAAAUAGAUUUGCAUCAGAUGAACUUGCCUUUGAAAAAGAGACAUUUGUAUAGUGAUGAAGACGACAAGUCACCUUCCAGUGACAUCAUGAUUAAAAAGCCAAAAUUCGCGAAAAAUGUACACGAAGCUAAGAAAUUAAUGAAAAUCAGGAAACAGAUGGAUAAGCAGAAAGUUAAAGAGGAUAAAAGAACGGAGAAGAAUAUUAUGCAAGAAACUGAGCAAACGGGUCAGUCAAGUACAAUGAGAGAUGACGCCAACAAUCUCGCGAGCAUGCCGGAUCACGAACGUGUUCAAAUCAUUGAAAUUCCCGACGAAGAAUACGACGAGCCUUAUCCCGAAAAGGAAUUUAAUUUAACGUUAGACGAAAGAUCAAUAAUAAUGUUAGGAGCUGAUCCGUGUGCGAGAGAUUUUCUGGACAGCCAUUAUAAUAAAAAAGCGACAUUAUCCAAUAUGGAGUUAUGUAUAAGAGAAUCUCUAAGUGAAAUUGUAUCGAAUAUUUCGCUAGGAACAGCGGUUACGCAAUCGAACAACUCGUAUCGACUGUCUUCUGCAUCUUCAGCUGCUGUUUCGAUGACAUAUACUAAAGAUGCGGAAAAUUUGCUAAUAUUUAAAGGGAAGUGUAAAGAUGAUUCCAAGAUAUAUUUAAACGAUAAGACACAGUCGAAAGAUGCAGUCGUGUGUGUAGAAAAUCAUUUCGACGAUCUGCAAAUGAGGGAGAUUUCUGCCUCACCGAGCCAGAGAAGAGUUACUGUUUUGAAAGAAUCGGAAUUUACAGAACAGAAUAAAAACGCAAAAACAUUAAUGGAGAACAUGGAAGUAUGGGAUUAUCAUCGAGCAAAAACAAAUUACAAUAAUGAAGAGGUAGAUAUUAAGACAGAGAUGCGAGACAACGAGGAAGCAGGAUCACUAGGUGAAGAGCACAUAGAAACAUGUAUACGAUCAAAUGUUAAUGUAGCAGAUUUGCGUAAUGAUUGUAUGGGAACCACAUCUUUCGUUAACGAGGACAACGAGGAUUGCUGUUACUUCAAGACCGAUAAUGCAAGAUCGGAAAAGUUUUCCAGUUUCUUGGAAUCUUUAGAAUUGGUGGAAAACUCAUCUUUGGAAGAUAUAAUAGAAAGUCUAGGCGGCAAGGUUGUUUCCUCGGCACCAAAAUCUAUGACGUUUCCCAAACCUAAGCGUUCGUCCAGUCCUUUACUAGACUUAUUAGUGAAUAACUCAAAUAACAACAAUGAUGGUCACAAACAGAUACUGUCUUCACCUACCAACGAAGAUGUCCAUGGUGUCAAGAAGAGAAAGUUACUCACAACCAAAAAACCAAGACUUUCGAGUUUCUGUAAUACACAAGGAAUUUCAAAUGGCGAGAAUUUCGUUAUGCCCCUGAGCCCGGAUAGUGAUGUAUCUGCGACGAGCGAGAAGACGACGUCAUCUAACGUGACAAAAGAGGAAAAGAGCCGAAAUAGGAGCAAUCAACGAUACUCGAGUGAUGACUUGUAUAAACCACGCCCAUUAUUUUCGAGUUCUUCUCGUCGAAGCAGACGAUCUAACCAAGCAUAGCUAGUGCCACAUGGAUUCAGAUGUUGAGUAUUCUUAUGCAUUGUACAAUUUCAAAACGUUUUCUUGUCUAGCUGCGCAAUAUCAUAGCAUAAAUCAACAUGCGUUAACUUAUUAUAUAAGAGUGAGUAUGUGUGUGUGUAUGUGUGUACUCAGUCCUGAAGAAAUGUACCGAAAUUGUGUACAUACAUACAUACAUACAUGCAUAUAUAUAUAUAUAUAUAUAUGCAGGGUGUCUCAAAAUUACACUAACAAACUUUAGGUGUUUUUAAAGGACAUCAAAACUAAUAAUCUUUUUCAAUAAACUUGUAUCGGAAAUGAGCCGUUUUGACAUUAGAGUGAAUUAUUCAUAGCAGUUCGAAAUAUAGGUCAUUUACAUCUAGUUUCUCUAUAAAUAAAAUGUAUAUCGAUUAGUUCAUUAAAAAGAAAAAUUUCCAUUUUGGAAACGAAUUUCGCACAAAUAAAUUGGAAACCAUAAAAAAACCAUAAUAAACCAGAAACGCUGUAAUAUUGAGCUCGCGAGUCAAUAAUAAACAAUAUUACAAUAAUUCUACCUGUUUUAAAAUUUCCUACAGUUUUUAGUUUGAUAAAGUAAUUUUUAUUAAUAUUUCUUACUAAGAGAUAGCAACAAAACCAGGAUGAGAAAAAAAUUCCUGAUAUCUCCAUAUUGAAGUAAAUUGUCUACAUUUCGAACAACUAUUGUAAAUAAUUCACCGUAGGGUCAAAACGUCUCAUUUGUAAAUAUGGGUUUAUUGACAAGGAUUACUAGUUUUGAUGUCCUUUAAAAGUAUCUAGAAUUUGUUGGUCUAAUUUUGAGACACUCUGCAUAUAUAUAAUGUGUGUGUGUGUGUGUGUGUGUGUGUGUGUGUGUGUGUGUGUGUGUGUGUGUGUGUGUGUGUGUGUGUGUAAUUAAUUGUUAAUUUAAAAAGUAGACAAAUUUCCUAAAUUCACAAUAUUAAAAUCCGAAUACCGAGACAAUCUCCUGAAAUACAAUUUUAUAGAAAUUUAAAAUGUUUCGUUAGCAAGGUGCAUUAGUAUUCAUUUAUUGAAAUACAGCAAGAGUGUAUUAAAUAGGUAGAUAUUAAUAUAUUUGUAUGUUUGUUCUAUAUGCCUCAUAUGUGUGUACAAUUUCAGAGUAAUAAUUUUUCCUCGAAACAAUUUAUUUUGGGAAAAAUGUAUUUCAGAGCAUUGUUUUUUGGUAUUCGGAUUUCGAUAUUAUAUUUUUUUAGGAAAUCGUUCCAAUUUCCAAAUUUCGAAAUUUUGAUUUUUCAGGACAAUGUAUAUCUAUCUAUUCGUGUAAUGUUUAUAUUAAUAUUAUUACAAGGUAUUAGUUUAUAAUGGAACAAUAACAGCAAACAAGACUCCUUGUUUAAAUUUUAUCCUUCAAAUAUUUAUUUAUACAGAGUGUCUGGAAAAUUUCGGCGUGAGCGACCGCUGUAAUGGAUUAAAUUAAAUACCAAAGUGUAUUAUUUUGUAAAAUUCACAGUAGUUAAUGAGUAAUUAAUUAAUCUGUCUGAGCGGAUAGGCAUACGGAAAACGAUAGCCCGAUUUCCGUAGGCACAAAUAAAGAAAGUUGAUUUUGAGCAUGUAAGAAAAAUGGUUUACUUUUUAGGAUCUCCUAGCAACGGUAAUUGAUUUCAGAAAAUGGAAUAAUGCAGUUUAUGUCUCACGCUGUUUGCUACUUCGCCUUCCAAAAUUUGUUGUCAUUUCCUACCUACCGGCAUCUGACUUACCGCUUCCCGCAUACGCUUAUUCGCACAGAUUAAUUAAUUACUCAUUAACUAUUGCAAAGUUUGCAAAAUGAUACAUGACUUUUCUAUUCAGUUUAACUUAUUCUACCUGCAUUUGAACACAAUUGCCCUAUGAAAAUAUUUCGGAGACCAUGUAUAAAAGUAAUUCGAUACUUUAUUAAGUAAUAAGUACAUAUCUUGUAUGUAUGUAUGUAUAUAUGUAUGUAUGUACAUGCAUAACUACACAGGUAUUCAUAUAAAGGGGAAAUGCCAAAUCUUUUAUUGCUAAAUACUAUUUCUUAAUUUUUUAAGUAUGUUUAUAUCAUAUAAAAAUAUAGUGGAAUUCGUUAAAGCUUUGGUUAUGUUUUCCAUUACUCAUUUAUUUUAAAUAUUUACUACUAGAGCUCGCGGUUAUAUUUAAUAAUUACAGAAAAUAUAUGAUUCAAAUGACUAGUACACAUUUGGCAAUUCUCCUCUAUAUGAGCUAAAUAAUGUUAAAUUUCAAGAUUAUUAAAAUUUUUAAGUGGCAGUUUUAAUCUAAUUAAUUUAUAAAAGAAACGUUUAAACACAAUUGUUCUUACGUGCAAAUUAAAAUCGGAAACCAUAAGAAACUGUUUUAUACACGUAUUUGCAAAAACAAAUUACAUGAUGAAAUAAUCUUUAACACAUAUGUGCGUUGUGUUGCGUGUGCGCGCGUACAUAAUAUAUAUGUACAUACAUAUAUGUUACAUAAUAAAUUAUCUAGUUGUAUACAUACAUGUGUAUGUGUGUGUACGGGUGCUUAAAAAGUCCCUAGCAAGAUAUCUUGAAAAUGAAACUUUUUCGAGAAAAAUGUUAAAUACCAAAGUUGUUGAGUAUCAAGCAACAUAUUAGAUGUUUAUAUUAAUUAAACCCUGGACUGAGUCUUCAAGAUCAGGGAAAGGUUAUCUUGUAAUUUUUUAAAUGAAAACUAUGUUUUAUGACAUAUUUCUAUAGCUGUUGUCCAGAUGUUUACGAAGCACUGGUUACAAAUCUUUUCUCGAUGAGAACUUUCUGAGUUAUGAGUUCUCAAGGUUAAAAUACUGCCGGCAUUAGCAUUAUCCAAGGCGCAUCGUAUGGAGGUUGCCUAGUUAGAUUUAAAUUACUUUUGUAUACGUUCGUGUGGUUGUGUCGAACCGUAGGAUCCUUAUUUCUGCUUUGACACAAACAAUUUUCCCACGUGGUGCAUCUUGGGUAAUGUUAAUGUCGGCAUUACUUCAACUUUGAAGACUUAUAAGUUAAAAUGUUCUCAUCUUAGAAUGGUUUGUAACUAGAGUUUUGUAAAUGUUUUGACAGCAGUAAUGAGAAUAUGUAAUAAAACGUAGCUUCCAUUAAAGAAAUUUGAGGUGACUUUUCUAGUUUAGUUCAGGGUGUAACUAAAAUGUUCAUCUAAUAUAUUGCUUGAUAACCACCAACUUUUAAAUUUUUCUCUAAAAUAUUUGUUUUUCGAAAUAUCCUGUCGACAUGGGAUUUUUUGAAUACGUUUUGAAUAUAUAUAUAUAGUUUAUUAUGUAUCAUAGCCGUAGUUUAUUAUAUAUUACAUCCUUUUAUGUACGUUAUAAAUAAUAUUUGUACCAUUAGCAGUACCAUAAGCAAGGAACUUAUAGGACGUAUAUUUUUUACACACACUGACACGCGCGCGCUCAUAUAUGUGUAUGUAUGUAAUAUGCUAGAAAUGUAUUAUAUAUUUGUAAGAUUGCUACUGAUAGACUAAUUUGUUGCUUAUGUAUAUUGCAUAUUAAUUCUGAAGGUUAAUUUUUACAUACAUUCGUAACUUUAUACCGUAAGUUAUCUCGUAAUUUUUAUUUUUCAACAAAAUUCUCACACAACUCUUUAGUAUAUUUGUACGCGCGCGCGCGCGAGUGUGUAUGUACGAGUAUGAGUGAGUGUGAGAGCAACCGCAAAUUAUUUAUUGAUAAGAAAAAUAUAUUAUGUAAUAAUAUAAAAUUGUUAUACAUAAUUUUAAGUUCUAUAGACAAUUUAAGUUAUAUUAUUAGAAAGCUUUGACAAUUCCUUAAUAAUCGUCAUAUAUUAUUUUCCUCUCUAUGUUAUAUGUAUGUUAUUAUCUUAUAAUAUACUCAGUAAUUAAGUCACACGACACAUUAUAAUAUGUCACACGAUAUUUUUCAUUUUCAGAAUGGUAAGAUAUAUUUUUCUAACUCUUAAUAUAUUCAUCAAUUUUUCUUAAAGAUUAGUCUAUUCAUUAUGACUGUGCAUACUAUAAUAAUAUCUAAAAUUUAUAAGUCUCCACUACAUUAUUUAA